AUGGCACCUUCGGAUAGCAGACCCAUGCUUGGGAAGAAAGCCGCGCCGGCGGCUGAAGAGGAGAAUAUCAAAGAACAAGCUCAGCACGACCCCAACCAGAACGAAAACGAGUCCUCGGAUGCCAGACCUAUGCUGGGGGAAAAGACCCCUUUGGCGGCCGAAGAGGAGAAUAUCAAAGAACAAGCCCAGCACGACCCAACCCAGAACAAAACCGCGUCCUCGGAUACCAAGUCUGCUUCUCGGGGGAAAAGCGGCGCGCUGUGA